UUGACAGCCAUCGCGCGCCAAUCAACACUCUGAUAUGAAUUCAACUGUCGGUUUGUUACUCGCUUUAUUGACGUUGUUUGAAACAUCGAUAGCCAGCAAUGAAUAUCCAAACAAAUUCCAUAGCAUCUACGGAUGCAAACAGAUCAACGCGGUAAACAAUUACAAUCACCCCGUGGAAUACAUUCCAAUGCAAAGUUUUGAGAACACCGGUGCUGGAGUCAACUCAACUUUCUAUAGGAUAGGAAUUUUCGGCAAAAGUGAUGCAAUUAUUCGUUUCUCCAAGGUUCCAAUGCCGUACAAUAAGGAUAUUGUGCACGAGAUUGUCAUCGGAGCCGGACUAAAUCUCUUCACCGAGAUUCGACGACAAACUAGAUUCAACGUUUUGUUAUUCACCAACCACGUGUUGAAGAAGGUACCAACCCCAAAGGUGCUUUCCGAAGUGGAACCAUUCGUGCUGUUGGUGGAGUUUUUUCAGGAUGGAACAGUCCGGUUGACUAGAGAUGGCGAAAUGGAACCGUUUUUGGAAUUUUCAGAUCCUAAAGCGGAAAUCAGCUACAACUACAUUGGAUUUUCCAACUGGCUAUCGAAAAUGAUAUAUUUCUUCGAUUGUCCAGUUUACAAUUUCGAUAUAAGGCUAGGAGAUUUAAAUUUAUAAACGUGCUGUGCAGAAAGUCGAACUGCUUUCCGCAAUGAUUGAAACUUUAAUACUCAAAUAAAACCAGUUUGAUAUGAUUAACUGAUUAAUUCCUAAAAAUCAACCAAAGAGCCCAUGCAUUCAUAUGAAAGUAAAACCGAAGGACAAUGUGUUUUUCUUUAUUAUAGAGGUUUUCGAAGCAAAUAAAAAUGGAGCAGAAAAGUUUUUCCACACUAUGGAAAAUAUAUCUCCAUUUUAUGGACGGGAACGAUUUCACCAAAUAAUAUCGUAUCUCACUGACGCUGAUUGAACAGUCACAUUUAUU